AUGGAAGGAAGGGCAACAGGAUAUCAUGUCAGAAAGUUUGAUGAUCUUGAGCAUGAAACAAGCUGCUAUACCAGAACUAGUGAAGCAAUUCACAAACAAUGCGAACAACUCGAUCAAACAGACAAAAAGAUAGACAAGUCCGAGAAAGAAUUCGAACUCAAAAACCAACUCGUUCCUGGCAUUGAAACAUUUGAAGCUCAGUUUGGUGCAUUUAAUGUCGUCGAGGCCGACUUGCGUGCCUAUUGUGCCAUCCUCAACUCGGCCAAGGUGGUGACCAUCCUCUCCAAUGAUGACGAGUUGCUCAACCGACUCUACCGUCUUGUUUACACCUACCUCCCCUUGACAGUCAAGUUUAUCACCAAGAAGAUUAACCUCACCACCUCGAAUGCCAUAGAGAGAAUCUCUCGUCUCAACCAUCGUCUCAAACAUCUCUCUUCACUCAAUGCCGAUCAAUCCAAUACCCACUCCACCUACGUUGCCAUAAAGAGACUAAUGUUUAGUUAUGCAAUCAAGCAUGCUUGA